UGCGCUUGGAAGACGCGGCUUCUCCACCGGCAGUGGCAAUGGCUGGGUGCAGUACCGUUUCCCCGGCUCUCCUGCACCGAAUAGCUAAACAGUGUUGGAGGCAGCGUUUUCAGUGCGGCGGUCUCUCCUCUGUCCGGGAAAAAUGCAUGGCCAGCAACCCGCUGCCGGAGCCGGCACCGAACGGGGAGGCUGCAGGAGAUAGACUGGGAUUCGUGAAAAGCCGCGGUUUUAUCCGUGAGCCACCGCUGCCGUUCUCUGCCUUUCUGACGGACAGCUUUGGGAGACAGCACAGCUAUCUCCGGAUCUCCCUGACGGAAAAGUGUAAUCUCCGCUGUCAGUACUGCAUGCCCGAGGAAGGGGUAAAAUUGACACCGAAGCCGCAGCUGUUGACCACCGAGGAGGUCGUGACCCUGGCUCGGCUGUUCGUCCAAGAGGGCGUCGAUAAGAUCCGGCUGACUGGAGGGGAACCCCUCAUCAGGCCUGACGUGGUGUCCAUCGUCUCCCAACUGCGGCAGCUGGUUGGUCUGAAAACCAUCGCGGUCACCACUAAUGGCAUCAACCUGGCCCGGCAGCUACCGAGUCUGAAGGAAGCCGGUCUCGACCUCAUCAACGUCAGCCUGGACACGCUGGUCCCCGCCAAGUUCGAGUUCAUCGCCCGGAGGAGAGGUUUUCACAAAGUGAUGGAGGGUAUAAACAAAGCUCUCGAGGCAGACUAUAAUCCAGUCAAGGUGAACUGUGUCGUCAUGAGGGGCUUGAAUGAAGAUGAGCUCUUGGACUUUGUGAGGUUGACAGAGAAGAAGCCUGUGGACGUGCGGUUUAUUGAGUACAUGCCGUUUGACGGUAACAAGUGGAACUUUAAGAAGCUGGUGAGCUACCAGGAGAUGCUGGGCACCAUUAAGCAGAGAUGGCCUGAGCUGGAGGCGUUACCCUCAGGAGCCUCCGACACAGCAAAGGCCUACAAGGUCCCUGACUUCCAGGGCCAGAUUGGAUUUAUCACCUCCAUGUCCGAACAUUUCUGCGGCUCUUGUAACCGACUGAGGCUCACAGCCGAUGGCAAUCUAAAGGUGUGCCUCUUCGGGAACACUGAGGUAUCUCUGAGGGACGUCCUGAGAUCUGGAGCCACAGAUGAGGAAAUCCUGGAGAUUAUCGGAGCUGCCGUGGGCAGGAAGAAAAAGCAACAUGCCGGGAUGUUUAACAUAUCGCAGAUGAAGAACAGACCCAUGAUUCUGAUCGGGAGAGAUCCUGCUCCUUCCGGCACAGCACAUGGUGUCGUCAAUUUGGUCCGACCACAUUGGAAUGGCUCGGCGACCGUCCUGGUGGGAAUAACAUUCUGGAACAACGUGUUGACCUGGGAGAAAGGCCUGUUGAUCUUUGGAGCGGGAACUGCCGCGGGCCGGCCUGCCCUCCGAGCGUACCACACUGACCGCCGCAGACCUGGCAAGAGUGGAUCCGGGCGGGACGGCCAGCAGGAAGGUGAAGAGGAGGAGGAGGCUCCAAGCCUGACUCACCUCGACGCCCAGGGGGCGGCAGUCAUGGUGGAUGUCGGGGGGAAGCUGGACACUCGGCGCACGGCCCAGGCCCGAGCGGUGGUGCGUCUGGGUGAGCGGGCCUUUCGGCUGCUCAAGGCCCAGCGGCUGCGGAAGGGGGACGCCCUGGCGGCUGCCCGCCUGGCGGGCAUCUGUGGUGCCAAGCUGACCGCCCAGCUCAUCCCGCUCUGCCACCCGGUCGGGCUGCACUGGGCCGACGUGCAGCUGGAGCUGGAUGAGGCUCGGUGGGCAACGGUCGUCACGGCAACCUGCAGCACCUGCGGCAAGACGGGUGUGGAGAUGGAGGCCCUGGUGGCGGCCAGCAUGGCAGCUCUGACCAUCUACGACAUGUGCAAGUCUGUCACUCACGACAUCAUCAUCGAGGAGGUCAAGCUGCUGAGCAAGACAGGCGGAAGGCGAGGGGACUUCCACAGGGCCGACUGAGGGGGCUGCACGAAAUGGUGCUCGUCCUCGCUCGUUUGUCACUGCUCCAGAACCCACCCCCUUCCCCAGCCAAGUCCUGGAGUUAAUAUUUCAGAACCCCCUCACUCUCUCUUCACUCCGGUCAAAUACAAAGCCCCUCACCAUUUUUUUUAACCUUUUUUUUGGGUUUUAAUUGCACUCUCUCUCAGCAACCUGUCUCUUGUGAAAGAAGCAGGCGAGAGAGAAAUCGCGGUCAAGGUGGACGCAGGAAAAAACCUGCUCCAACAGCAUACCAAACUACUACUUAUUGAGUCCAGAGGUGCUCUUACAAGCCACCGAAAGACUGUUACAAAUUUCUUCCCAUUGCCUCAUCACCUGCAGCAUUUUCUUCAUCGCUUCACCCCCAUACCACCCUGUUUUUCUGAUGAUUAAUGGCCAUCAUUGCCUUUAAUGGCCCACACAUCAAAGGUGAGAGAGAGGGUUUGAGCUAAAUCCAAGUGGGAUCAGAAUCCGAGAUGAAGCGUUCUACCUCCUGCGCUGCCCAUCUUUCUCCACAGAUGCUGAUAGCAUUUACAGCACUUGUUAUAAAUGCACAUUAUACACCAAACCUGAGGCAUUUUUCAACAGAGAAACAACAGAGGAGCAGACUUGGGGCCAAGUGGGACUAGGUGACAGAGAGCAAAAUCACCAUACGCAAUGGAUCGUGUCCUUUUUGAGAUUUUAACAUCGCUCGUCGACACGUGAAUACCCCUAUCCAGCGAAACCACAGUUGGAUGAUCUUAAGGGAACGGUAAAAUAUAUUGUGAAUCAGAAUCUCGGCGAGGCAAGGGAUGAGCUGGGCUUAUCAACCACUAAACGAGGCAAUUACUCAUCACAUGUCUCAAUACUUCUCCAGUUAGCAUAGUUGGUACUGCUAAGCUCUCCCAUCUCAUCUUCACUAUCUUCCCUGAUAGUAUCCUCUUCACCCAAUCGCCGAUUAAUAUUCUGGUUCCAGAUGUUUUCCAUCACUUUAAGUUUACUCAAUUUAUAUGUUUUUACUGCCACACUAUCACCCUCGAACCGAAGUGAUGCAUGCAAAAUUUCGUCCUCAGAUUUCUGUAGCAUCCCGUACUUCCUCAUUAUCGAGAUUUGGAAUAAAGGUUGACAGUCUGUUUAAGGCAAGGCUACCAUCCCGGGACUUGGCAUAUAAUACUCCAUCCGUGAUGGAUAGCGGGAGGUGUAAAAUUUCUUUAACUGUGCUUUUUACUUUAUUAUCUAAUUUAUUAAGAUAAUUAAUAGAGACUUCAGGUAAAACUAAAUAAUAAUAUAGUCUAGGAAUAAAAUAUGUUUUCAAAAUUUCUACUUUUUGAACUGGUUUUAAGGGGGGGAUCUUUUUAAAUUUCCUAACCAUAUAUCUAAUUGGCUUUCCCAGUUUGAUUGGCUUAAGCCAGUCCACGGAUCUAUCUUAGCACCUAAAUAUUUAUCCAUGCUACCUAACUCUAUAAACUGUGUGCUUCCUUCAUUUAAUUUCCAGUUAAUUUUAUCAUUAUAUAUAAUUGUCUUAUUUUUAUGUGUAAAGUAAAAUCCUUUCGUUUCCUUUAUAUUAACCUCCAUUCCCGUAUUUUUACAAAGUCUUUCUACAAGUUUAAGAUUACAAACCAUACCAUCGUACGAUUGACUAAGCAACGCUAUAUCAUCUGCUAACGCUAAUGUUGUGCAGUGAUAGCUGUUCCUAUCUAUCCCUAAAAAUAUUCCUAUCUUCUGCUCUUCGAUGGUACUUAUCAGAGGGUCCAUUACAAUAUUAAAAAGAAUCAGCAACAAUGCAUCACCUUGCUUAACCCCUCUUAAAACUUUAGUUUUUCCAGUUUUACUUUUAAAACUUUUCACUUGAGUAAAAUUAUUAUCAUAUUAAUUUGGUUACAAAUUUAUAAAUAUUGACGGAAGUUGGAGUCUCUGAAGAGCUGUUAUAAUUAAUUUGUGGCCCACUGUGUCAAAUGCUUUUGCUAAAUCCACGAAAACUACCACAAUCUCUCAUUCUUUUUAGCUCCAUUAAUAAUAUUUUCCAGGAUUUUCAUAUUUUCCUCGCAACCUGCUACACCAGCCAUAAAGCCCUUUUGUCUUUUAUUCAGAUUUAUUACUUUACUUAGUCUACUGGCUACAAUUUUUGUAAAUAUUCUGAGCAUAAUUGGCCCUAUAGUUAUUGGCCUCCAAUUAUUAAUAUCCUUCAACCCUUCUUCAUCGCUCACUUUGGGAAUCAAUACAGUUCUGCUUAUUUUCAUUUGAUCUGGUAUUUUACCUAAUUUCAUCCAAAUAGUAUAUAUUCUAGGAAGUACUGUAUUGUCUUUAUUAAAUAUCUUCACUAUCUCCUUCAGUGUUACCCUAUCUGGCCCUGCAGCAGUUUUUACGUCCAUCGCCUUAAUGGCAUGAUUCACGUCCUCUACUGUCACAGGACCUGUCAGAGUCUCACUCAUCGAUCCCUCCCCUUGCCUUUUUAUAUUUGGCAAAACCUCUCAAGUUAUUUUUAUCAUUCGAGUUAGUUAAUCUUUCUUUAUAGUAGUCUUCUAAUUCUUCUUUACUUAGGGUGCAUUCACACCUAACUGGGGCCCCCAUUAGGGUUCUUGCCAGGUAUUGUCUCUUCGUUUUAUAUAAAACCUGCAUUUCUUUAAAUUUACCUUUUUUUUACUAUACCUUCUCUUAGCCUUAUUUUCCUUCCUCUUCGUUCUUGGUCCACUAUCCCUUUGCUUCAAACCUAUUCACUUAAUGAGUCUCCUUAUCUUUAUCACCUUCCUUACUCAUUCCAAUUUAUCCAUUAUCCUACCCAUUAUAUUCUCAAAUUCCUUACUAAUACCUUUAUUCCUUCCCAUAUCAUCCUCUACUAUUUUAAUUAGUUCUGUUUUAGUGACUUACUCUUAUAGUCUACUUUAUCCAUAAUAAUAUUACUCUCUUUUCAUUUAAUCUUUCUUCCCCUACUUCCCUGUCUAUCUCCCGAUCACUAUCGUCCAUUUCAUUACUAUCACUCAUUAAGAUUUACUUCUUAAUCUAUACCUUUAUCGUCAUCAUGACUUUUACCUUUCUUAUUUAAUAACAUCCUUUUAUCCGAGAUUUGUUUUGCUGUUUUUAGAACCUAAUUUCUCAGCUAUAACUUUAUUAAUAUUUUUGCAGCCACUAAAUUCUGCUUUGAAUUGUUGCAACAAUUAGACCUCUUCAUAAGGCCAUAUUCCCCUCUUACUACCCUCAUUUUCUGUCUUAUUCCUACUCUCUACCUUUCCUCUUUUCCUCUUCUCAUUUCUUAAAAUGGGAUGAGCAUGCCUUUCAUGUUGCCCUAAUCCUUGGGCAGUCUUAAAUUUUAAAGGACAUAAUUCGCAUUGGUAUAGUUUCUCUACCUCUCCUUCCUUCCUUCCUUCUUAUGACUAUUAUUACUACUGGUGUUAUUACUAUUACCAUUACUGUCAUUCUUAGAACAUUUAGGAUAGUGGCAUGCUACAGCUUGGUAAUUCCCUUCCCACUCACAUUUACUACAUCUAACUCUUACUGAUUUAAUUCCCUUACAUAUCUUUAAAUGCUUCCUAAACCUCCCCGUAGUAUUAUAAAUCUUAUUAGAAUAAUUACAGUUAAAAUUAUCUACCGGGUUUUUAAUUAUUACCUCUAUUUUAUCAGUUUCCCUAAUUACUGGGUGGAUAAUCCUACCUUUGUACCUCUCCUCGCCUCUCUCUGAUUCUCCGUAUCGACUAAAAUCAAAUGGCCCAUUAAGAUUCGAAUUAAAAAUUGUCCGGCUGUUAAAUGAACCAGAGGGGCCUUCUCUACUAGUCGUUCUCUUUGAAUUGUGUCCUGAUCAUUCUGGACGAUAUUGCUGACUUCCUCGUGUCUGCCUGAGGACAGCCUUGCCGGGAUAAUCCUUUAUAGUCUCUUCCGUCUGCGUCGAGACAGAUUGUCCAGUCCAUUUUUGGCUUGCACAUUUUGCGCAUGGUGCCGCCAAUAGCAACCAUGCGGGGCGGUUAUUUUCCCGGUCUCCCACCCAACUGGAAUUUUUGGUAUUGGCCAUGAUCGCCGCUGCCAAAUAUAGUUUCUAAUUUAGGCCGAAUGGUCACCAGCCGUCUCGUAUCUUUUCUGAGGUCGUAUUCGCCGGCCUGGUCCGAGUUCUGUUCAAACGACAGAGAGAAACAAUAAAACUGCCAGUGGCGUAUAGUACCGGUAAAACCAAAGAUAAAAUCGAUGGUAAAACCAGACUAAAACAACCUCUUAAACAAUUUAAAAUUGUUUCCCUGUCAAAAGCUUCCUCUUACAGGCCGUUACCGGGGGGGAACCACGAGGAGGUUCGAUCUUACUUUGUGAUCGUUUGUACGUAUUUUAUCGAUUACAAAGGUGACUACACAGGCAUCGGUUGCAGACCAACAACCUUAAAACACUGUAGUCACAUCCCAAGUAGAUGGGAUUUUUAUAGGUGUUCUCUUUCAAAAGGGAGGUGGGGAGACAGGCACUCGGAUUACAAACGGCCUUGAGAUAUCCCAGAGUCCUUCACAACUGAUGGAAGCAUCUUUGCUGUUAUAGUCCAGGGAAUUCUUAUGCAGCGGUUUGAAUCCCAAAUACGAGAGGAUAGGGACGCCAUCUGGUGGGUGAUGAGUCAGUGGCAGAGGAGGAUGGCAUUGGAGGGCUGGGGCAGGAGAGGCUGCCCCCCUGCUGGAUGGGCAAGAGUGCACUUCAUUUGGUUGGCUCCCAUACCCCCUUGGAAAUGUGCCAGAGGCCCCAAGGAGAUGCGCAACUUAGAAGUUUUGGAUUAAAGGAGGGUAAUGAGAUAAAACACAGGAGUUACACUGGAAAAGUGGGAUAUUGCGCAGGGAAUUUUGAUUGGGCUUGGUAAGGGGGUAGAGAGUUAAAGGGCCAUGAGAUGCAUGCACUCUUUGUUACUGGUUGAGGUGGGAAGGGAGAGGCUAAGGACAAUAGAGAGAUGGUUUUGGAGUGACUGAGUGGAUUGGUCCCAGUUUUCCAGCUUCUCAAAUCCCUGCUGUUGCUCCCAGUUGUGUGCGCUGUUCCCAUGGUGAUUGCUGCCCCUGCUAGAGUUCAACCUCCCGUAUCUUUCUAAGUCACAAAUUCCACCUUCACUGAGCCAGUUUCCAUCGUCCGACGAAGCCAGGGGCGUGGUAAUUUUUGUGUCCUUGCUAUGUCGGCAUUAAAUGCUGUGGUUCUGUCUACUUGCCUGUUGUGUCCAAUCGUGUUUGUAGUGUGUUCUAGUUUUGAGUGAAUAUAGUACGUUGUAUACACUGCCUCCAAGGAGAAAGUGAUGAUUCAGCAAUAAGAUGUUCAGCACUAGUUUUCCAGGGGAAUGAAUUUAUCUUGGAAAUCCGUACGGAGGAUCCUUUGAGCGCGUGUGGAAGUUUCCACCCCACCGUGAUCCCAUCGGAAUGAAAUGUGAAUGGAAUAUUGCUCACAAGAAUAAA